AUGAUGCCUCCCGAGCAAGGCCACCCUCCUCGUCCACCGCGCCGCUCGAGCAGUCACACGGCCGCUGCCCGCGAACCCGCCCCCAGCGAGUCCAGCAGCGGCCCCUCGUCGCACCUCCACCCCCACCGCCCUCGCCCACACCCGCACGGCGCUGUCGCCGAGCAAUUUGCCCCUCAACCACGAGACGCGUACGGCGGAGAGACGUGGGUCGACUUCUUACGAGAGGCCCCGCCUGCACGCCCGCGCCCGCACUUGACCCCUACUUCGACGACACCCACUACGGACCCUGUCCCGGCCUCGUCGUCGUCGCCGCCGCUGCCGCUGCCGCUGCCCUCUCGCCUGCCCACCGACGCCUCGUCGCCUUCCAGCAGCGCAGACCGUAAGAGGCGUCUGACCACAGCCGACUCACCCAUGCGGCGUCCCUCGAGCACCCGGCCGCACAGCGCCUCGCACCACGGCUCCAGCUCGAAUCCCCUUGUGCUGGACGCAUCGCCCCCGCCUGCAUCCGCCUCCGCACCCGCACUCGAGCGCCCGCUGCCACCCCCGCCCUCCUACGCUGCCCCCUCCACCACGCCGAGCCCGUUCAGGCGCGAGAGCGAUCUGGUCUUGCCGGCCUGGCAGCCCGACGCAGACGUUGCAGACUGCCCCGUCUGCAACAGGCACUUCACCUUCUUGUUCAGAAAGCACCACUGUCGCAAAUGUGGACGCGUCGUGUGUUCCCAGUGCUCGCCGCACCGCAUCACCAUCCCCCGCCAGUUCAUCGUGCAUCCGCCCUCGGACGCCGCCAACAGCCUCAUCGACCUAAGCGGCGACGAUGACGCGAAUCCCAUGUCCAACUUCGGCCCCUUCCGCAACCCAGCGCUAGGAGGGGGGGAGGAAGUCCGCGUCUGCAACCCUUGUGUCCCGGACCCAAACUACAGUCUGCCACCGCAGUACCCGUCUCCAGCAACCCACGCCCAUGGCCAGCCGCCUCCGCCAGCUACGCGCCCAGACUAUAUCCCAGGCGCAGCACCGCCCUACCAACGCUCACACCCAUCGUCAUCCAGCCUACACGUUGCGCCCCGGCCUGCUAGCCAGAGAAGCCAAACCCAGCCUUCACGUGAUCCUUUUAGCACCCGCCGUGUCAGCUACCAUGAUCCUUCACGUCCGGAAGACCGCUGGCCCUCCCCUCUGCCAACCCUGGGCCACGUGUAUCCCUCGCUUACACGCCAGAAUGACCACACCUUGGCCUCGUCUCGCCCGCCUACAGGAUCCACUUACCUCCCACAAGCCCCACAGCAACGCGCAGGAUCAGGCUCAAGUUCCGUGAGAGCAGGCGAUAGGUUCCCACGGCAGUUCUUCGUACCGACACCGCAGCCUCCAGCGAUUCAGCAGCUGAACCCCCGGCCUAGACGGCAGAUCGCCGAAGAGGAUGAGUGUCCCAUCUGCGGCGGGGAACUACCAGCAAAGGGCCCAGAUGGCGACGACUCUGCACGAUCGCAACACAUUGAGGAGUGCAUCGCACUCCAUUCGUCGUCGCCCGCCCCCAACUCAGCAGCGACUCGUCCUCAAGCGCAGACGUCUGCCAGCUUACCAACUACCCGCACUCGCGGUAUGAGCAGUGCAGGCAACGCCGAAGGAGCGGGUUCGUCGUCGCACAGGCACAGUCACGCUGCUCGCGGCAUGUUUCCCUACACGGCCACCGAGAAAGACUGUAUCGAUGAGAAUGGAGAUGAUGCCGAGUGUGUCAUCUGUUUCGAAGAAUUCCAACCAGGCGACAAGAUGGCCAGGCUGGUGUGCUGGUGCAAGUUCCAUGAGACAUGCAUCAAACAGUGGUGGAAAAUGAAGGGUCGCGGCGCAUGCCCAACCCAUCAGCUGCAUGAGGAGUAG